GCUAUACACGUAAGUCGCUUCUGAAAGUUUCAACUAUACUUGAGUUCGACAAUCAAGCUUUGUUUUACAUCAUUAAUAACAUGUCUCUGCAAUAUGUUUUAUUGUUUUUAUGUUUUAUUUUUAUAACGAUAAAAGGAGAUAAACCACCAACGUACUUUCCGAAUUUGCCAUUGGGAGAGUAUAAAUUAAAAUUUAAAGCUCUCUUUCCGUGCGAAUCUACUGAAAAUCAUAAGCUACAAUAUAACGUAUAUUUUAGUAAAAAAACUGCUACUGAAUUUGAAUUAAAGGGUAAUAUGACUUUGCACGUUCCAUUCGACGAUUCAGUUAGUAUUAGCAUAAAUAUGGCCGUGAAAAGUUCAAUUGGUGGUUGGAAAGACAAUGCGCAUGUCUACACGACGACUAACGCUUGUUCAAAAACAAUAUGGCUAUUUGGAGAAUUAUGGAACGAUAUUGUAAGGGGAUUUCAUUUGCCAAGAUUUAAUUGUCCAACACCGCCGGGUGUAUACGUGACAUCUGGAAUUGAUAUGGAAAAAUUGAGGCAAAAUAAUUUCCCAAAAAAAUUUUUUUAUGGAGAGUAUAAAAUGACAUUCUUGUUCACAAAGAGUACCGGAGAAAAACUUGGCUGUUUUGUGUUAGUUUUAGAUGUAAUACGGCCAUGGGAAUAA